CUGUCCUCCUGUAGUGUACGUCUAUGGAGGAUUACGUCACGCCAGUCAAGAGAUGGAAAUUGGAAACACAGAAAUCAUGCGUUUGCGCUCAGUUCUUGCGGUGUUUUGCUUGCUUGUAAAGUGUGGUUAGGUAAGCCAAGCAGAAGGUGCAUUUGCUUUGUGAUAAGAUGCGGAAACAGUGAUGAUAACAUGUAGUGACCAUUUGCACCUCUAUUUCACUCAUGCAUGAUCGGCACUCCGCUCCGCAACACAUCACAGCACUUGAGACACAGGACCUUACAAUGACGUUAGCAUACCAUGGACGACGACGAUGACUUCUUCGAUACGAUCUCGGUCACCUCAGCUCCCAGUAAAAAGAAAUUUAACAACAAGGCUUAUCUCAGCCUGUCGAGGAACACCAUCUACCACUCGGCCGUAGAUCUAGAAGGCAUGGAAUUGACCGCGUUGGACCGCAACGGGGAGAGCAAUUCCCAUAAUAAGGUGUCUAGAAAUAAAAAUAGAGAUGUUAAGACCUAUGCGCAGUGGAGAAAUAGGAGGUGGAGAAGUUUCGCCAAUAGUGACUUGACCGUUGAUUUCGUGUUGGCUUACGACGAAAAGGGUAAACACGAAGAUGAAGAAAACAGGAGAAUCUUCGAAACGAACCUAGAGAACACGGGGCUUAUUCUGGAAAGGGAGGAAAACCAGAGGAUACAUUUUGUCAAAAUCCACGUGCCGCGUGAGGUCUUAUGCCGAUAUGCCGAAAUACUCAAGCUGAGGUUGCCUAUUAAAGACGACGAUGCCGAUAUCCCCAAAGACAAUAUUAUAGUGUCCACUGCCAAUAAGGUGUUAGCCUGCUUUAAAGUUUCAUUAGACCCAAAACUGUUCCCACCUAUGAAAUAUCAGCUGACCGCAGAAUUUAACAGAGACAAAGACUACUUAUUUGAUAUAGACGCUCCAAACUUUUUUAAUACCUCUGUUCGAACAACUGUGACUUCGUAUAUUUUAGAGAGGGAAAAGUUUGGACCGGAAGACCAAGAUAAGGGUAUCAAGAGGUUGAUAGCUGAAGGCGUUUACAAAGCAGCGUAUCCGCUACAUGAUGGCGACUUGAGGGAAAACUCUGGCUCCAAGAGGAAACUGUUGCUAGACGAAUGGGCCUCCGUAUCAAAAUGCAUAAAAUUCCAGCCUAUAGACGAAAUAAAAGACUACUUCGGUGUCAAAUUUGCCCUGUACUUCAGCUGGCUGGGCUUCUACACCCACAUGUUGAUACCGGCCGCCAUAGUCGGCCUCCUCUGCCUAAUAUACGGUAUAGCCACCGUCAAGACAGACCCUUUGAUUAGAGACAUAUGCACCAAAGACAUCAUCAUGUGUCCGAGAUGUGAUAUACACUGUGAUUACUGGAAAAUCGGCGAAAGCUGCUUGUACUCCAAGAUACAGCACUUCAUCGAUAACCCCGCAACAAUAUUUUUCGCCGUUUUCAUGUCGUUUUGGGCCACGUUGUACCUGGAGCUGUGGAAGAGGUACAGCGCGGAAAUAGCGCACCGGUGGGGUCUCACAGGGUUCGAUUUACAAGCCGAACCUCCUCGACCAGAAUACUUGCUGCGACUUGCCAAUGCCAAGAAGAAGAAGCUUAAUGUCAUCACUCAGCUGCAAGAACCAGUUGUGCCGUUUUGGAGGGUCAAACUGCCUUCUAUUAUACUAAGCUUCACGAUAGCUUUCGUCUGGACCAUAGUUGCGCUAGGAGUAGUGGUAGGGGUUGUCAUUUACAGGAUGUCUUGCCUAACCUCAGAUAUUUUCUAUAAGGACCAAACGAGUUACAGGAUUUAUGUCGUACCGAUAACUGCUGGAUUGAUCAAUUUGGUUUGUAUCGUCAUAUUGAACCUUAUUUAUGAUAGGUUGGCGGAGUGGUUGACUGAAAUGGAGCUGCAAAGGACACAGACCCAAUUCGACGAUAGUUUAGCUUUGAAGAUAUAUAUGUUCCAGUUUGUGAAUUAUUACUCUUCCAUAUUUUAUAUUGCCUUCUUCAAAGGGAAGUUCGUGGGUUACCCUGCCAAGUAUAACAAAAUCUUUGGGUAUCGCCAGGAAGAGUGUAAUCCUGGUGGUUGUCUAAUGGAACUUACGAUUCAACUGGCAAUUAUAAUGAUCGGUAACCAGGCUUUGAACACUAUUAUGGAAAUGGUUAUCCCUCUUCUGAUGAAGAUGUAUCAAACGUUUAAAGUUACCACUGGUCUCGAGAAAGUGGAAAGUCAGGAAGAAAUACUAAUUAGUUGCAACCAAUGGACGGAAGAUUACAAACUUUCGGAAUUUCAGUCACGCAGCCUAUUCUCUGAAUAUUUAGAAAUGGUUCUACAAUAUGGCUUCGUCACGAUCUUUGUAACGGCGUUUCCAUUAGCGCCUCUAUUUGCCUUGAUAAAUAACGUGUUGGAAAUGCGUUUAGACGCGAAGAAGUUCAUCAAAUAUUACAGGAGGCCAAUUCCCAAAAGGGUAAAAAACAUCGGAGUGUGGUACAGAAUCUUGGCCAUAGUUGGAAGAAUAGCCGUCGUGUCCAAUGCAUUCAUAAUUGCGUUUUCCUCCCAUUUCAUACCUCGCCUCGUCUACACCAUGAAGGUGUCCAAGGACCACACCGACGAAGGCUUCUUGGAACACUCCUUAGCCAAAUUUAAUGUCUCGGACUUUCCUCCGUAUACGGCACCCGAAGUGUCGGCUUUCAACGUAUCGGUUUGUAGAUAUGCCGAGUACCGAAAUCCGUACGAUUAUCCUGACCCUGCCUUGAAGUACAAGAGGCCUUUGAUUUACUGGCACAUCUUGGCGGCAAGGCUAGCAUUUAUAGUUGUUUAUCAGAAUUUGGUCGGCUUCGUCAUGACUGCCGUCGAAUGGACCAUUCCGGACGUCAGUCGGAAGCUUAACGACAGGAUCAAGAGGGAAGCGUACAGGACGCAGGAGACCAUCAUCAAAUUCGAAUCGGAGAGAGCCAGGGAGAGAAAUAAAAAUGCCAGAAAACGAGAUUCCCUAAUCUCGGAGAGAAGCGUAUAUCACGAUGCAAAUGGCGAUAUUAGCCCAGAUGAUCAACACUUGAAAAAUCGUGGUACUAUCUACUACGAUUCUGGGGAUACGUAGUAUUUGUUAACAUUAAUAGUUAAAAUUUUGUAAAUAUUUAAAAAAUUUAGAAAUUGUUAACAGAAUUGUGGCCUUUUUCUUGCCUUAAAGUUGAUUACUUGAGUGAGAAAAUUAGGCUGUUUACUAUUAAAUGUUGACGAAAUUAAUAUGUUACUACCAUGACGAAUAACUCGUUUGAAUAUUUGAAAUAUAAUUUGUGUAUAGAUUUUUAUUCGUUAUACGUUAGACAUUUAUUUUAACUCAACUGACCAAUAUUUAUUUAUAAGUAUUUUAUUACAUAGUUAAUUUAUUUUUAUACGUAAGGUUUUACAUCACUCGAAAAGGUAUAUGUACUCAUUAUUUUCAAUUUAGAUUAAAAAGGUUAUUAUCCAAUGGGAUUUUCUAACUGUAAAUGAAUCUACAGUUGCAUUUAUCUAAAUCAGUUGCAGGCUUUAUUGUAAAACAUGCUUGUCAACCCUGUAUAUAGUUUGGUGUAAGGAUAUUGUGUUGUUACCUGAAAUUAUUUAUUUUAUAUUUUAACAAUGCUUUUAAUACAUUUUUUUAUUUAAAA